CCCUUGGUUUUCAGACGGGUGAUUAGCAUAGCUAAAUUCACAUGACCCCAACAGUAGUGAAUUAAGUGCACUCUGCUUGGAAAAGAGGACAAUUACUACUUCCUGUUUUAGUGCUGAGGCGAGUUUGUGGUAGCGUAAAUGGCGCUUUCAUCUCUGUUCUUUUAGAAAGUACGUUGGUUAUUACCGUUAUUUAAAAAAAAAAACAUGCGUGUUUUCUCCUGUACACUCUUGUCUGGUUGUAAUAGAACAAGCCUUUAGAAACUACCCGUAUAUGCACUGAUAGUUAACGGAUGUGUUGAGCAAUUACCACGAUCUUCACUUUUGUGAUGCGAAGACGCCUUGAGGACUUCAUUCACUGCGCAGAAAUGGGCGGAGCACCGACGUUUAUUAAAUGCAACAAGACUUGGUCCUGCUUUCUGUCGCUGUUCCGAACAGGCUAGUCAGUGUAAGUCUACCAAAGCUGUUAGUCAGAUUACUUGGGGAGGACUUGAAUAUUAACACAAAAAGAAUAGAGUCUAAUUUGCUGCUUCUCCGCUCGACGAUGGCCCUGGGCGCCCUUGCUGCAUAUGACGACCUGAUACAACUGCUCGUCAUCAGCAAACAUGUUGGACCAAAGCCGCACAGGAUCUUUACUGCGAUGAUGGUUUAUUUUAAGAGCUAACAACCCUGGUUCUCACAAUAAGCCUUUCUAAGCUGCCGAGGAAGUCGCUUAUAGGCCUGAUCGCGGAGGAGAUUGUCAAGUGUGUGUGUUUAGAUGUAACUGGACCAUGGAGACACACAACAAUGUGCUUCUUAUCACCGCCAACGUCGGGUCACUCUUCGACAACGUGGGUGAAAUUCAAAAUGAAUGGCUUCAGGAGCUGUACAAGACCAUCUGCAGAUACCAACCACAGUUCAUUGCCCUGCACUUUCAGGAGGUGGGAGGGAAAGAGUACAUGGUCAACAUGGGGCAUGCAGAAAAAUUCUUUUGAUUCCCUAAAAAGGGCUCAUUGUCUUUUUCCCCAAAAGAUUGUCAUUAUCAGAAGGAGUAUUGAGUCCAGUCAAGAACUGAAAGAUUUUGAUAGGCGCUGUAUCUAUGUGGACAACCAGUUCCAAGCAGAAGGGAGCUUCACGGCAUUGGGCAGCAUGUAUUUCAUCCACAAGACAUUGAAGAACAUCCGCCAGUAUGACUUCAGCGUUAAAGAUUUUAAAGCAGUGCCGGGACUGAACAAGUACGUGGGCUCUCUGGAUGGGGUCAACACUGUGGAAAAAGAAAAAUUCCCAAAGAAUUUCUGGCCUGAUUUCAAGUGGUCCAGGAAGGGCUUCAUGAGGACCCGCUGGAUCAUCCACAACCAAGGGUUGGACCUGGUCAACGUCCACCUGUUCCACGAUGCCUCCAACCUCAUUGCCUGCAAUUCCAGUCCUUCCAUUUACUCUGCCAACCGCAAAAAUGCACUGCGAUAUGUCAUCAACAGGAUAUCAGACAACUGCCACACUCCAAUGCCUUUCUUCUUGUUCGGAGAUUUUAACUUUCGUUUGGACACGCUGAGUCUGGUCCAGCAUCUGUCUACCUCAGCGGACGUUCAGACCGUGAAGAAGGACAGCACUAAUGAAGUGCAGAAAAUCAUCUGUGAGGAGAAAGCUGACCGCCAGGUGCUUCUGCUGAUCGAGGACAAGCUCUUCGCCUACCUGCACCAGGCCGUGUUCAGAGAAGACAAUGGCAAAGGGCUGCUUAAAUACGACAAAGAAGUCACAGCCUUUCACGAUGUUGUUAGAGAAGAGGAAAUCCAGUUUCCACCAAGCUACCCCUACAGUGAAGAGUACACUAAACCAACCCAAUACAUGAACACUCGCUGUCCUGCAUGGUGUGAUCGCAUUUUAAUGUCACACACUGCGCAACAAUUCAUCCACACUGGGGCUGAUGGUGAGAGGAGUGUAAUAUACGACACAGUGGGUCCUAAUGUUUGUAUGGGAGAUCAUAAGCCUGUUUUCUUGUUCUUUGCACUGAAGACAAAUGAACAUUGACUGGGGAUCUUCUUUGUGGUAAACCAAGAGACAUUAUAGCUAGACGGGCCGAGCAGAGUUGCCAUAUGAACUAAGAUGAAGUACCAGCGGGACAGCAGCCAUCCUUUGUGUCCACGUGCCAUCAGUACCUUUUACUGAUCUAUGUCUUUUACAUCCUCUCCACUGUCACUCUGGAUCCACAUCACAGGGCAUUACUAGGCUGGCCCGCUUUUCCAUCUGGAUGGCCGACUAGGGAGAAAUACCUCGUAGCCGACAGGUUAUUGGCAUUUUUUAUGGCCAGGAUUUUUGUUUUGUUUUGCUGCCAUUUAAAUUAACACUAUUGAGGAUGACCUACUACUUAAAGAGGGCUUAAAUAAUUAAAGACAAUUACAGCUUGCAUGAAGUGGUUAAACCAGGUGUAUAUUUGGCUUCAAGUCUUUUCCAUUAUUUACUGCCAAAAGUCAAUUGACAUUGGGUAACUGUAAUUGAUUUUGCUUUGAUAAACACUCUUUUGUCUUUUGUGUGGGUAUUCUGCUCAUCCAGUGAAGGAACAACAGGAACGUCCUAAGAAAAUUGGUGCAGCAUCAGAGGAAAAAAGAAAAAACUGUCACCUCAAAGUAGAACUCAAUUCCAGCUCCAGUCAUCAGAUGCGAAAGCCCAACUUUAAGACCUUUUCAUCGUUUCCCACAAACAAACUUCCAGUUUUAUUAGUAUUUACUUUUAUUUAUUUAUUUUUCUGCAUGAUCAAUUAUGUAAAGACUCUUUUCCCUAAUGGACACCAAUGAAUCCACUUUCAACCCUAAAUUUGUAUUAUUAUAGACAGGCAACUUCUCAACACCAUGAGCCACCAUAGAGUGUUUUACUAUCUGUUUUUGUGCAUGACAAUUUGUUUGGUAUUUUAUACUGUUUGUAGUCAUUUAAAAGAUGUUUUACCAUAAUGUAUUUAUGUCGCAAUUACAUCAUCAUCUAAUUGAGACGUGAGGAAUAACGUAGGAGACAAACAGUGAGUAAAAACCAUGAAAGCUCAA